CGCAGUUCGAUUCGCCAACGCGCCGAGAGUUCCCGAGGUUAGGGUUUCGUCUCUCCCAUCUCUUUCCGAGCUCGAAGCGGCGGCGAUGGCGACGGCGGCGGUGGAGUCGGUUCAGUGCUUCGGAAGGAAGAAGACGGCUGUGGCGGUGGCGCACUGCAAGGGCGGCCGCGGGCUGAUCAAGGUGAACGGCGUCCCGAUCGAGCUGGUGAAGCCGGAGAUCCUCCGCCUGAAGGCGUUCGAGCCCAUCCUCCUCCUCGGGCGGCAGCGCUUCAUGGGCGUCGACAUCCGCAUCCGCGUCCGGGGCGGCGGAAAGACCUCCCAGAUCUACGCCAUACGCCAGAGUAUCGCCAAGGCCCUUGUAGCCUACCACCAGAAGUACGUUGACGAGCAGUCCAAGAAGGAGAUUAAGGACAUCCUCGGUCGCUACGAUCGCACCCUCCUUGUAGCCGACCCCCGCCGAUGCGAGCCCAAGAAGUUCGGUGGACGCGGCGCACGCGCUCGGUUCCAGAAGUCGUACCGUUAGCUCCGAGGGGUUCUGCAAUCUGUCUUUCCUCGGAAAGUUUCGACCUUUCAUGGUUUUUCUUUUUUCGUUGGCUCUCCAGUUCAUUUUCGUUCUGGAUUUUUAUUAUGCUUAUGAUAUUGAGGAAACUUCCCUUAUUAGAUUCGAUUAUGUGAUUUAGAUUA